AUGGGGACCCUGGUAAAACCACAACUUGCGGCGGUUCCUCUCCUUCUCUUUCUCGUCAUCGGCACUUGCACGGCCGCUCAUCCCUGGCGACGUGCUCUAGUCCGCGACGACGAAGAUGCUGUUUCCUGGAAUGCAGGGGCAUAUACUACGAACGAGCCCAACGCGCCUCGCGGGAUUCACGCGAAGGCUGCGACUUUCACGCAUGAGGUGUCAGAGCCCCUCAUGUUUUCUGCCAGCGGCGGCGGCGCUGGUUCCCACGCGACUCCAAGUUGGAAUCAGCACGCUACUGCCAGUCGCGUGGCAACUGCCGCCCCUCACGCCGCCCCUCACGCCGCCCGUCACACCGUCCAAUACGCCCCAACCCCUGGCGCUUCUCGCGCUGCACGUAACUCCGUGAAUCACGGCUCUCACGGAUUUGGAAAUAGCGAACUACAUGAAUCAGCAGCGAAUCAGCGUCGAGAUGGUGCUUCUCGCCAUGACGGUGGUGGGAACGGCGGAUCAGUCGCCAUCAACGACGCAUUCCGCGCAGCCAGCGCCGACGACGUGGCGAUCCAUCACCGCUCCAGCCACGAGCGCCGCUCGCGCGGCGACCGCAGCAGGGGCGCGCCAGUGGGGUGGAACUUUCAGCGCAACAACGGUGGUGCUUAUAACGGGGCGCUGGCGCCUCCAUUCUGGAACUUGAACAGCGACAGGCGCGGGGAAUUUCGCAUGGCAGGAGCUUCUGACGUGGAAAUCCACAGGAGGAAUGGUGGCAGCAACAGAAAUGAUGCGCAGGGAGCUAAUAACCUCCGCAGCUAUCAGCAUGGUGAUGGUGUGAAUCAUGGGGGUAUGAGGAUGGCAUCUGCACACACUAACGCAGCGGGUGAUUAUGGCGGUGAUUACAACGCUGGUGAUAAUGGCGGUGAUUACAACGCUGGUGAUAAUGGCGGUGAUUACAACGUUGGUGACAAUGGUGGUGAUUACAACGCUGGUGACAAUGGCGGUGAUUACAACGCUGGUGACAAUGGCGGUGAUUACAACGCUGGUGACAAUGGCGGUGAUUACAACGCUGGUGACAAUGGCGGUGACUACAACGCUGGUGACAAUGGCGGUGAUUACAACGCUGGUGACAAUGGCGGUGAUUACAACGGUGGUGACAACGGCAGUGAUUACAACGGUGGUGACAAUGGCGGUGAUUACAACGGUGGUGACAACGGUGCAACGGCACAGGACUAUGCCAACCAGCUGGCUUCAAGAGGGUGCCCUCUGGAGCACAGCAAAACAGAGGGUCUCGGGCAGAACCUCUACUGGCUGUCACCUGCAGGGCUGACCCCGCAGGAGGACCGUGGGGCGGUGCAAUCAUGGGUGGAGGAGAAGGCGGACUGGACCCCCAGCCCCAUUCCUGAUGGGUGUGCGGAUGGCAAGAUGUGCGGACACUACACGCAGGUGGUGUGGCGGGAUACCACUCAUGUCGGCUGUGGCUCUGCACAGUGCCCUGAUGGCGCCGGCAUGUGGGUGUGCAAUUACUCGCCCCCGGGUAACUUUGUUGGCCAAACUCCCUUCUAG